GUAACAUUUCCAUUCAUACAGCCGGCUCUGCUCCUUUUCGCUCCUUCAAAAAAUAACUCACUGUCAUCAUCAUCUUCAUCAUCGUCUGGAAACGGCUUUGGCUGCACGGGACUAAUUAUUGCGAGAUCUGAGGAGGAGCCCAUCGUAAAGGAGCGACUGAGAUCAAACGAGUCGCGCGUAACGACAGGUCCGACUGGUGACACCUUUGGCUGUCCCUCCAACAUGUUUCAGACUGUCCCUGACACGUCGUCUUACGUCAAGGAGGCGUUAUCAGUGGUGAGUGAAGACCAGUCCCUGUUUGAGCCUCCGUACGCUGCUGCUGCCCCCCUCCCAAAAACAGACAUGACUGCAUCUGGAGCACAGGACUACGGUCAGACACAUAAGAUCAACUCCCUCCCACCACAACAAGAGUGGAUCAACCAGCCAGUGCGGGUCAACGUCAAGCGAGAAUAUGAGCACAUGAAUGGCUCCAGGGAGUCUCCGGUGGACUGCAGUGUGGGUAAAUGUAAUAAGAUGGUGGGGGGUGGUGACACAGCUCAGAUGAACUACGGAAACUACAUGGACGAGAAGAGCGCCCCGCCCCCAAACAUGACCACCAAUGAGAGGAGAGUUAUCGUACCAGCAGACCCAUUGUUGUGGUCCCAGGAUCAUGUGCGCCAGUGGCUGGAGUGGGCCAUAAAGGAGUACGGCCUGUUGGAGAUCGACACCACCAUGUUUCAGAACACAGACGGAAAAGAGCUCUGCAAAAUGAGCAAGGACGACUUCCUCCGCCUCACCACCAUGUACAACGCUGAAGUGCUCCUGUCUCAUCUCAAUUACCUCAGGGAAAGUAGCUCAUCAUUAUCCUAUAACACACCAUCUCACACUGAUCCUUCCCCACGCCUCGCUCCCAAAGACGAUUCUUCGUAUGAUGCAGUUCGGAGGACAGGGUGGUCGAACAACAUGCACAGUGGCAAAGCAGGCUCUCCAGUGGUGCCCCAGAAUGUGAGCAAGUCCACAGAGCAGCCCCGCGCUCAGCCAGAUCCGUAUCAGAUUCUGGGCCCCACCAGUAGUCGUCUUGCUAAUCCAGGCUCAGGUCAGAUCCAGUUGUGGCAGUUUUUGCUGGAGCUCCUUUCAGACAGUGCCAACGCGGGCUGCAUCACCUGGGAGGGCACCAACGGCGAGUUCAAAAUGACCGACCCGGACGAGGUGGCGCGACGCUGGGGGGAACGGAAGAGUAAACCCAAUAUGAACUACGAUAAGCUGAGCCGUGCACUGCGCUACUACUACGACAAAAACAUCAUGACUAAAGUGCAUGGCAAACGCUACGCCUACAAGUUUGACUUUCAUGGCAUCGCGCAGGCACUACAACCCCACCCCACUGAAUCCUCCAUGUACAAGUAUCCGUCUGACCUGGCCUACGUGCCCUCCUACCAUGCACACCAGCAAAAGGUUAACUUUGUCUCCCCACACCCUCCUUCUAUGCCAGUCACUUCGUCUAACUUUUUCGGACCCACUGCCCCAUACUGGAGCUCACCCACUGCAGGCAUCUACCCCAACCCCAAUGUCCCCCGGCACCCCAACACCCACGUGCCCUCCCAUCUGGGCAGUUAUUAUUAAGACACCACCACUUCUUCUUUAUGCUGACCUGCACUCCAGAUGAUGACAAUCCUAUGAAGUUAACAGGAGAGUUACGUCCUCCUACCCCAAAGUGAAGGAUUUUGAAGUUGUGUUUUACUUGUAAAGAACUUACAACUGGAUGCGGCAGUCCAAAAUGGAAUACUACUUACUUAUAAAAAAGACUUAUUUGCCAUGUCGCUGUGCCUUUUUCUUAAACCUACUGCACCUACAAGCUAAAUCUCAAGCUGAAGCAUGUGAUGAGGUCUUGCUGUCAGACAUAGGCCUGUGUGUUAUGGGUCUUAAUACAUUCUCCAUUACUACGUAUGUACAUUAUGCUAAGUACUGCAUUAGCUCCUUUCCACUGUGGGCAUCAUGGAUUCUGUUUUCGUCAAAGCUUUUUGACUCUUCUUUUCUAUUGAGGUCUGUCCACCUGUUUUUGUUUUGUGUGAAUUUUUUUUUUUCAUGGAGACAUUUGUGUUGUCAAUGUCAAUGUUUCUCAGCACUGAAUUUAGAAAUUGGCAACUGGAAUAUGCCAUUCAUUUGAUUUAAUUUAUCCUCCAAACUGGAAAGCUCGAGAGUCAGAUGCUAUAAGAAAGCGCUGUAUGUGUAGUGGGCUGGGUGAGUCUGUUGUGGGCACUUGACUCUGGUGCACUUAAAGCAAAGGCAAGAUGUAAUUGAAGCAAUUUGCAAGAAUAAUUGAGCCCAGGUCUGUUGUUUCCAGGGGCCACACACAGGCUCGGGCUGUGUUGCCUUUCAGCCAUGCUGUCUCCAGAUGUUUGUUUGCUCAGCCAUGUCAGUAUUAAUGUGAAUGUCUUCUGGUUUGUCAAACAUGUGGCAGAAGUUUGCCCCACAGUCAGAUCAAAACAUGUGCCAUGUUUUCAUUUGGAGAUAGGUUUAUGAACACACAGUAUUAUAAUCCUAAUGAAGCUAAGAGCACUGUGUUGUUUUGAGAUGCAGAUGGUGAAGUGCCUUACAGUGUUCUCCCAGUGCCAUAUACAGACAAAAGGGCCUUGGUGCAUGCACCACAUUCACUGUUAGCAGUAAUCGUAUUACACUAACAGAUUGUGCCUUAGUGUUUGAUCUGACAGUGUGUGAUUUAAAAGUGCACUCUGAUGCUCUUGCUGUCCAUGCCUCUGAGUGUCAGCCAUCACAGUCAAACCAAAGAGAAGUGUCAUUUUUCUAUCGGGCUGGCUCCCAGUUUGUGUUUGAAUGUUAGUUUCUCACUGAUGUGGAGCCCAGUGAAUGCAGGUGAAUCUGAUGAAGGCUUUAUCAGGAUGUAUCAGUAUUACAAACAUAUCCAUGUUCAGGUGUUCACAGCUGUAUUUCUAAAGCGUAUAUCCAAGAAUAGACACUUGAAAAAAAUGACUUUGGGCAAAGUUUAUCAGAGCAAAUCCAUGACGUAUGAAGUGAAACCUUUUCAGAUUCGCAAACGCUGUGCGUUUGUCAGAAGUAUUUUUAUUAUUAUAUGAGCAUCAGUCAACUAGGCAUUAAAGCAACUUACUGUAUAAAUUAUGCAGAGUUAUUUUCAUAUGUGACACAGUAUUAAGUCAUGAGAAUUAUUACGAGUUGACCUCGGUCAAAAAUGACAACUUUUUGAGUCCAUUUUUGCUAAGUAACAUUUUAGGCGUUUUAUAUGUGUACAUUUGGGCGACUCAUUUUGAAGUUCUUUUUUUCUUCUUCUAAUUUUAUUUUUCUGGAAUUCAAGUUAUUACACCUUAAGUGCAUUUAGGAGCACAAGUUAUUUACUAGCAUACUCCAUACAUGCUCCGAAGCUGAAGCUUUAUGCAUGAUCAUAAAGACACACCAGCCCAGAGCUCUGGACCAGGCAGACUAUCAGGUAUUAUGCAACACAAUCAAUAAAUAUUCACCACAUCUUUGGAUUUUACUAUAAGUUUAAAUACUCUGUAAAAUAAAUAUGUAUUUUGUAGCAUAAAGGGAAGAUGUGCGGUAUGUGCCUCAUCUUCCUUUUUCACCUGCAGUAUUAAUUAAAAGGGACUUGUGCUACUUCAUAUAUGCAAUGUAAUUUGGAUAUUAAAGUAUAUUAUGUAAAUCUAUAUGUGUAUAAUUUACAAAUAACCAUGGGUAAUUAUUAUUGUCAUUCCUGAAAUGUAUGAAGUAAUACCUUUUGAAAAAGGGAUUUUUGUAUAGAAAAAAUGUGACAAAAUAAAUGUUUUUACCUCUAA